CUCCUCCUGUGGCCUACGGCUUGUCAGGCUAAUGGGCUCAAAACUGACCAGGUCUUCCCCACAAACCUGGUCCUCGUGUUGACAGGUGGCUGCUUCAUCUUCACAGUUGCCCAGACCAGAGCCUCAGAGCCGUCCUGGACUCCUGCCCAAUGUCCACCUGGCCCUGCUAUCCCCUCUCCACCACACCUGACAUCCAGUCAGUGGUCAGACUCCACAGCUGGGCCCUGCCCACAUGGCCCAAGUCCACCCUGGCCUGGCAAGCUGCAAUGGCACCCAGGAGAUGAUGCCCUACACCCCAGGGAGCCUUCCUGGGAGUCAGCCAGUCACCUUCUGUGUGCCUGGCUGUGGCCUGCUGCUCUGCCCUCGCCAUGCACCUGCUCCAUGAUGCAAGCUCAUGCAGCGCCUCACGAGGGAGAUGGCAGCCAGUACUUGCUAAGUAGAUAGAUGAGCCAGACAUGUGGCUGUCUGCCAGCCUGCUCUAACAGCCUGACCCAUGGACUGGGUCACUAAGAAACAGAAAUUUCCCACAGGACAGUAGACCUGUAUUUCAUCCAGUUCAACCUGUGGCUGGAAUUGCCCCAAAAGUGAUGGCAGUAGAGUUCCCACAAGGGAGUGCCCCACACCAUCCUGAGAUGGGGCUGGUUAGGAUUCUACAGAUUGAGCAUGCCAGGGUGAUUCGCCCAGAGCAUUUAUUCGUGGGGCUUUUGUACAGAGUGGGCUGCAGCAGUUCUUGCAAUAGGCAGUGAGAGAAAUGAAUGUUCUCUCUAGGUAUGUCCGUGGGGAGGGGGUUGGUGAAUGGAAUUUAGAUGAGGGUUUAAGGAAUCUGGCUCAGGCUGAGUCCAGUUUCUUUCUGUGUUUUGAGCAACAACCUAGUUACUGUCAUCUGUGCCUGGGAACGUUCAUGGCUAUGGCUCGGGUUCAAGUCUGCAGAGGAAAUUAUACAGUUGGCGAAGUCACAGAGUGGCCAAGGGACUCUCUUUCUCAGUCAGCACUGGGAAUGAAAGUGGAAAGGGGAAGCAGGGGUACGUCACAACCUCCAAAAUCAGGGUGCCCAGCAUGCUGAGGUUCUGGUAAGGGGUUUCUUCCAGACUGCAGACUUCCUUCCCGCUGCCUUCACACAGUGGAAAGCUGCACAAAGCUCUUGGGGUCCCUUUUAUGAAGGCUCUGUCCUCAUGACCUAGUCACCUCCGAAGCACCAACGCCUUGGGGUGAGGAUUUCACAUGGGAGUUAGGGUGCACAUUCAGUUUAACACGGCAGGGAUAGGACCAGUGCUCUGAGGGUGUCUGGAUAGCUGCUGGUUCAUCCAGAAGUUUACUGGGUAAUACUCAGAAAUUCCACAAAUCAUUAAGGUCAUUACCUUGUUAAGCUCCCGAUAUGGAAUCGCGACUAGCAGUGACCAAUUGGCGGUGUUAACUAGGCGCAUCUUGUGUGUUUUCUUUUUUCUUUUUUUAUGAGACAGGGUCUCGCUCACUCGUUCAGGUUGGAGUGCAGUGGCGCGAUGUCUUGGGUUCGAGAUCCUCCCGCCUCAGCCUCAAAGCGUUGGGGCUACAGGGGCGCGCGCGCGCCCGGCCCAUUUUAACUUCUUAUUUUUGAGACAGUCUCGCUCUGUCGCCCAGGCGGGAGUACAGUGGCGCGAUCUCGGCUCACUGCAACCUCUGCCUCCCGGCUCAAGUGAUUCUCCUGCUUCAGCCUCCUGAGUAGCUGGGAUUACAGGUGUGCACCACCACAUCCGGCUAAUUUUUGUAUUUGAGUAGAGACGGGGUUUCACCAUGUUGGACAGGCUAGUCUCGAACUCCCGACCUCAAGCGAUCCGCCCGCCUCGGCCUCCCAACUUGCUGGGAUUACAGGCGAGAGCCACACCGCCCGGCCCCGUUUUAACCAUUUUUAAACUUCCAGUUCAGAGGCGUUCCCGCGCCCGGCAGGGUAGGCGCAGUGCGCAGGCGCCCAAAGCCGACGUGGAGGUGAUGCGCGGGAGCACAGAUCCGGGGCAGUGCGCUGCGCAGAGGCGCGCGGCGAAGCCGAGUGGGCGCGGGAGUGACGUCACGGCGCGCGACGUGGAGGCGGGGUCGGGCCUGGGUCCGACGGUAGUGGGUAGCGGGUCUCGGGUUGCGGCUUGCAGGUUGCAAGCCGCAGGCCCCAGGCAACUGCCUUCCCGGCGCCAUGUUCGGCUCCAGUCGUGGAGGCGUGCGCGGCGGGCAGGACCAGUUCAACUGGGAGGACGUGAAGACUGACAAGCAGCGGGAGAACUACCUGGGCAACUCGCUGAUGGCGCCGGUAGGCCGCUGGCAGAAGGGCCGCGACCUCACCUGGUACGCCAAGGGCCGGGCGCCAUGCGCGGGCCCGAGCCGCGAGGAGGAACUGGCAGCCGUGCGGGAGGCGGAGCGAGAGGCGCUGCUGGCCGCCCUUGGCUACAAGAACGUGAAGAAGCAGCCCACGGGCCUGAGCAAGGAGGACUUCGCGGAGGUCUGCAAGCGGGAAGGAGGCGACCCCGAGGAGAAGGGCGUGGACCGGCUGCUGGGGCUGGGGAGCGCCAGUGGCUCCGUGGGCCGCGUGGCGAUGUCCCGAGAGGACAAGGAGGCCGCCAAACUGGGGCUGUCUGUAUUCACGCAUCACCGCGUAGAGAGCGGCGGGCCCGGGACCUCGGCAGCCUCGGCCAGGAGGAAGCCGCGGGCGGAGGAUCAGACGGAAAGCAGUUGUGAGAGCCACAGGAAAAGCAAGAAGGAGAAGAAGAAAAAGAAAAAGAGGAAACACAAGAAAGAGAAGAAGAAGAAAGACAAAGAGCACAGGCGGCCAGCUGAGGCCACCUCCUCUCCCACAUCUCCUGAGAGGCCCAGGCACCACCACCAUGACUCCGACUCCAACUCCCCCUGCUGUAAGAGGAGGAAGCGGGGACACAGUGGGGACAGGAGGAGCCCGUCUCGCAGGUGGCAUGACAGAGGCUCUGAGGCCUGAUGGCUGGACCCUGCUCACUGCUAUUGUGGGACCCUGAACCCUCCCUUCACCUUGUUUGCCUCCUGCCUCAGAAGCUCCUCGGGUGUGGGUGAAGCCCGAGGCUGCUCCUGUGGAAAUGGCUCUGGGCAUCAGCCUGUGGGGCUAAAGACUUGACAGCUAGCUCUGGAGCAGCCGGCUUCCUGGAAAACCUCCAGGUUUCGCAUACCAGGGAUGGCCCCUGGCUUGGCCUGCGAAGGUGAACCUGCCCAGAUUUAUUAGUAGAGGCUGGACUCCCUCUGUGUCCUGCCCAUGGUUGCAGCAGCCAUGGGCCUAUGAGCGGUCUAACUGUGGCCAAGUAUGGUGACCUCUAUUUUUCUUUAUAUUGACUCUUUGUAUUUCAAUAAAUAUAUUUUAAAAGGAA